AUGACUCAUUGGUCUAAUACCAGAGACCAGAGAAAGCCUGCUGAAGCUGUAUUAUUGUUGUGCUGUUGCAGAUAUGGCUGAUGGUGUGGAUGAGCGAUCCCCUUUAUUGUCAGCACCUAACUCUGGGAAUGUCACACCUACAUCACCUCCGUAUUUAAUACAAGACAACAGCCCGAGAGCAGAACUGCCUCCUCCUUACACAGCUAUUGCCAGCCCUGCAGCUGGUGGGGUGCCAGUAAUAAACUGCCGGGUGUGCCAAUCCCUGAUCAAUCUGGAUGGCAAGCUUCAUCAGCAUGUGGUUAAAUGCACUGUUUGCAACGAGGCCACGCCAAUCAAAAAUCCUCCCACUGGAAAGAAGUAUGUGAGGUGUCCGUGUAAUUGUCUUUUAAUCUGUAAAGAUACAUCCAGGAGGAUAGGAUGUCCGAGGCCCCACUGCAGACGAAUAAUAAACCUGAGCCCGGUGAUGGUGAUUCCAGAGGAGCAGCCUGCACAGCCUGCCCUGCCAGUCCAGCCUGAAGGGACACGAGUCGUGUGUGGCCACUGCGGCAAUACAUUCCUGUGGAUGGAACUCCGAUUCAACACGUUGGCAAAAUGCCCACAUUGCAAAAAAAUCUCUUCAGUAGGUAGUGCACUCCCACGGAGGCGUUGCUGUGUGUACAUCACCAUUGGCAUGAUGUGCAUCUUCAUUGGAGUUGGAUUAACUGUUGGAACCCAAGACUUUGCAAGACGUUUCCAUGCAACAUACGUAUCCUGGGCUUUUGCUUAUCUCUUGGGUUUGAUCUGUCUGGUCCGAGCCUGUUACUGGGGAGCCAUAAAAGUCAGCUAUCCUGAGCACACCUUUGCAUAGACUUAUCUUUUAUCAAAUGAUGCGUUUUUAUUUAUUUUUUUGGAAUUCAGAUGUUUUGUCAAGGUUGGAUUCUAGGCAAUGGACUUACAUGUUUCUUCCUUUUAAGUAUUAAGUUACCAACUAGACCAAAAGAGGUAGUCUUUUAAGAACAAUUGCCCAUUGCACUACAUUUGUAUGCAAUUCCUCAUUUUUGUUGCUGCUAAAUUGCCCAGCUACUAAGACUUGAAGCUGAGUUAAAAAUAAAAAAAAACUGCCUAUGUAAUAUGUUCUUCUAUUAGAGUUAAAUUAGUGUUCAAACUUUUAACAUUGUGUGUUUUUUUUGUUUUUUUUUAAUGAUUCUUUGUUAAAAUCCAUUAGUGCUAUUGACAGAAUUACAAGUCUCCAUUGUAAAGGAACAGUCUUUCUGAAAUCGCUCAUGUUUAUACUUGUAUCUUAAUAUUUACUGACUUAAUGCUGUACUGCUUGCUUUGAACUAUAAGCAAUAAACCGUAUUUUCUUUGUCAUUUUCAAACUGCUCUGUACAUUCACAUAAUCCACAGUUUUGCUGACAGAGUUGGAAUCACUCAUGUGCAUGAUAUUCUGCACCAGUACUAAAUUUACCUUUUUUAAAAUGUCACUCUUGCUUUGUGUCACCUGUAACGUAUUGUGUAAAUACCUAUUGCUUCCAGCUUGCUGUUGGAUCUUGGAUCGGUGAAAUUUCAGUAGCAUUACAAUAGUUCAGCAUUAUGUUAACAAUAUGAGCACAGUAAAUAUCUUGUUCUGAAUGUCAUCUAAAAAAAAAUACUGUUUGUAUAAUAUUAAUUCAAUACACUAAUAGCAGCAGUUCAAGUUGGAAUAUGCCUUGUAUCUUUUUGAAAAGGAUAAUAAUUUAUCAAUAAAAAUAAAAAUACAAAAACAUUUCUUACUGUCUUUUUAGCAUUUUGUUUCCCUGUCUGCUUUGGGAUGCUGUAUGGCUUGGUGUGGGGCAACAAUUGUGUACAUUUUUAUAAAGGUUAAACUAAAAUGUAAACUGGUGAGGUGAUACAAUCAUUAUUAACCAUUUUUUCCCUACUGUAUGUGCGUGUAUGAAAAAUUAGUUAUUUUUGUACAGAAAGAAAUGUGUGUAAAGAACGUGUUUUAUACCAGUUCUCUGUAUGUUAGUUUACUGUACCGUGAGACUCCAAACCAACUCCCUCAUCAUCUA